CAGAGCUUCAGUCUACACGACUGCCGGAAGUCUGUGGCUGCCAUUAUUUCAAUUUCUUGACAUGAACAGCACAUCUUGCUAAAAUUUUUCUUCGUCUCCAUGAUGAAUCAUAAGGUUGCAUCUCACAAUGUGCUGACUGUUGUUGUCACAAGAUGGCAUUUAACUUCCGUCAUCAAAGUCCAGCGAAGAUGGCUGCCGUAAGUCUGUUCGUUAUUGUGUGUCUGAAGCUGUGGUCCUUCAUGCCGGGCGGUAAUUGUGCUGCAGUGAAUAACAGGGAAGUCUGCUAUCAGGGUUACACUGGCGCAGACAGCGGAGGUAGUUGCACAUUUAAUAAAGGUCAUGUGUGCAACUGGGAAAGCUCUGGAUUCCAAGUCAACAAAAACAGCGAAGCUUUUGCUAACAUGUAUGGAAGGAAUCAAGGAGCCAGAGCGACUCUCACCAGUCCGUGGAUGUGUGAAGACAACUUCACGACGAUCUGUGUCCAGUUUCGUUUCAUGUUUAAUGACAAUGACGGGGGCAGACUGACACUUAAACUGUGUCACGACACCAGAACAUGUGAGGAUUUGUGGUUUGCUAAUUCUCGUGACAAAAAUGAAUGGUCCUGGUACCACGUCAACAAGACUGUAACAUUAACUCAACACGAGCAGUUUCAGAUACAGUUUCAAGGAGAGAAGAUAGAAGACUCGUGGUUUCAAGAAACAAACUUCUAUCUCGACAACAUCGUCUACAAAAACACUUCCUGCACCACCAAGCCAUCGGCGGUAGAUUACUCGUCUACAGAAGUUCCCUCUCUAACUACACUUCUAAAUUUAAAGUGUUUUCAAGAGCACCAUUCUUUACACACCAAACUACUGAUUUUGGUACAGGUAAGACUCAAUUAACAAAGAAAAAUAAACUUUAUUUCUUGUGAAGUAUGGCAACCCUAAAAGUUUAACUAUUUGAUAUAUUUUCAUUCGAUGGCUUGUGAGUCCAUGAACGAUUACUUAGAAACAACCAAAGCCAUAAAACAAGGAGAAACAAUGUGGGGCCAAUGCGUGAUCAAAUUAUAAAAGAGAUCCUUAUCAGCCAGACGGAAAGAGUGAGUAGAGAGAAAAGUGUUGGUACAAAGAUAUCAAAAUAGAGUACGAAAUAUUGUACAGAGUGUGGACGGCAUGCAACCUAUGGUCUAUCUACUCUCUUUCCGACUGGCUUUUUAGAAUGUUUACGAUCAAGACGGAGGUUAUUUUGUAGCUAAGAUCGAGCCUUGGACGUUGGUGUGUUCACUUGCGUGCGAGAAUGGCGAUGUUUACCGCGAGUCGCCUUCGUAUGGAAGGUCAUCACAGACCGAAGUUUUACGGCAGCGGAAGAAAUAAUGAUUUCACCGACUGUUGUUGUUAUUCAUCAUCAUCAUCAUCAUCAUCAUCAUCAUCAUCAAUCAUCAUCAUCAUCAUCAUCAUCAUCAUCAUCAUCAUCA